GUCCCAGAUCGUCUUCGUCCAUCCUCUGCAUCUCGAGCGACCAUGGCUUCCGACGCACCAGGCUUUGCUAUCCUAGGCGCAGGCAUAUUCGCAAAAGAGGCCCAUCUCCCCGCGAUCGCGUCCUUGGCGGGCAGCAAUAUAUCUCCCGUCCUCAAGGCAGUCUACUCUAGGUCAGAGAAGAGCGCCCUCGAUCUAGCAGCCGCUGCCAACAACACUCUCAAAUUGGCGACGCCCCCAUCGAUCUACCACGAUGGCGACCCGUCCACGGACCUCGACGCGCUCCUCGCGCGCUCCGACAUCCGCGCCGUCAUCGUCGUGCUGCCCAUCACCACUCAGCCCUCCAUCGUCCUGAAGGCUCUGGCGGCCAGCAAGCACGUGCUGAGCGAGAAACCCAUCGCGGCAGAUGUCGCGGGCGCGAUCGAGCUGAUCAGAAAAUAUGAGAGCGAGUAUAAGCCAAAGGGGCUUGUGUGGCGCGUCGCUGAAAACUACGAGACCGAACCGAUUUACCAGAGGGCUGCGCAGGCUAUCCGGGAUGGCAAGAUUGGCAAGGUCUUGUUUUUCAAAGCUCGCGUUACCAAUUACAUGGAUAAGGACUCCAAGUGGUACAAGACACCCUGGAGGACUGUGCCGGACUAUCAGGGCGGCUUCUUGCUUGAUGGUGGAGUGCAUUUCGCCGCAGCGCUGCGCAUCAUGCUCCCCUCGCCCCUCACGCACCUGUCCGCUUUCACCUCGCUCUCCAAAGCCCACCUCGCGCCGAAAGACACGAUCCACGCGAUCGCGAAGUCCGCACACGACGGCGCGCACGGGCUCUUCGAGGUCACGUUCGCCGCGCCCUCGAACGAGUACACCCCCGGGAACGGGUACACGAUCACCGGGUCGACCGGGUGGCUCACGGUCGGCGCGGCGGCCGUCGAGGAAGGGAAGAAGCAGGCGAUGCAGUUGGUCCUGCACAAUGAGCGGGGGGAGGGGGAGGUGAUCGUCGAAGAGUCGACGGGCGUGAGCGAUGAGGUGAGGAGCUUCUUCGGUGCGGUGAUUGGGAACGACGACGAGAAGCAGAAUCCGAGGAGUGCGUUGAGAGAUCUUGCUUUCAUUCAGGCGGCGUUGAAUAGCGAGGGGAGCUUGGUUGACUUGGAGGCGCUGUCGAAGAUAUAGAUUUUCUGAGCUCAUUCGGUACUAGCAGAUCGAACGGUAUCAGUGUAUUAAGUGCUAGCGCUGUCAAGGGCGAAUCUUUGAAUAAAGUACAUAGCUUCCGCAAGCAUGGUC